AUGCCUCGACCACCCCGACGAGCUCCUCCCCCUCCUCGAGAGGCAGCAACCACACCCACUCGUCCUCCAAACACGGUCAAUGGCAUCGCCGGCGGUAUCCCACCUGUGAUGCUCCAAACUCCACCUCAUGCCCCGUUCCUUACUACUCCACUGCCACUUAACGAUCCUCGAACUUCUAUCAUUUCCAACGACGAACCACAACAUCACCACAAUCUUCGUCACUAUCACACUCCAACACUGAAUGGCGCGGCUGAAGAGAGCUCACAAUUGCCCGCUACUAGGAUGGACCAAACCAUGUCGGACGCGGAUCCAGCAGAUGAUGACUCGCUCCUCGAGUCAGUACCCCACGAUCCGGACGACACUCGACAGCUAAUCGGUCUACGUGACAUCUCGUCGCUCGCAACGUGGACGCUGUCUUCGUCAAAGCCAGGGUGUGCUCUUCCCCAGCUACGUCACCCAAGCCCUUCACAUUUCUGGCAAAGCGAUGGACCUCAACCUCAUACUCUGACCUUACACUUUUUCAAGCUGGUGGCGAUUGUGAAGAUGCGAGUUUACCUGGACUUUGAUCUUGACGAAUCUUACACACCCACCAAGAUGAUGUUCUUUGCUGGAAUGUCGGAAGGUGGUCUGGUAGAGUUUGCAACAUGGGAGGUUCAAGAACAUGUGGACCCAGAAACUGGAGAGAGUACAAGCGGUGUCGAGAAUGUGAGAGGGUGGAUCGAUAUAUCUUUGCGAGGCGUUGGCGGUCGAGAUACCAACUAUCACGGGACAGAUCUUACACCCCAGCCAAGAAAGCCACGAAAGAGCUCCGUCUCCAGAGCGGGAUCCCGUCUUAAACCUGGCUUGGGUUCAAACCCCCAAACACCGGAGGAUAUGUUGUCCGGCACUGAAGAGCAUGCGGACGAGGAUGACAUACAGGCAGCUACAGGUGGAGACGUCCUCAAGUGCAUGGUGGUUCAAGUUCGUAUCUGCGAGAAUCACCAGAAUGGAAAGGACACCCACGUCCGAGGCUUUCAAGUCUUUGCAAGAGACGAAAAUGCUGGCAAGGGAAGCAGGAAGCUCAUCAAGAAGGGCGUCAUUCGUGGUAAAACGGACAAUGCUUCGAUUGGCAGUGCUGGCAAUAGAGAGGAAGAAGAGGAGAUCCUUGGUAUGGAGGAAGCGGACUGGAUGGGUGAGCCAGAGAUACGAUGA